GGCAGGCUUGUGUCUGCAAAAACACGUCUAUAAUCAUGCACUGGGAACACACAGCAGAAAUCUUUCAAUAUGAGGUGUGAUUACUUGUGUCUUUUUCUCCAUCCAGACCACUGCGCUGCAGGAUGUUAACAUCAGAGGAAAGUUCAACAAAUCUGCGGUUAGUUUCAGACAUGGCUCCGGUGCUCGACUCCUUCUGUAUUUUCUACGUGGACGUAGAGCUUCUGAAGUUGUUUUGACACGUUGAGCAAGUGGCAUAUCUGAUGGACUCCAGCAGUAAAGACAGGAGAACCCAUAAUGUUAACCAUAUACCUAAUUAUGAGGCAGCACCGUACACAGUAGCCCAUGCUCAUAGGGGAAAUUCAGAAGAGGUGGAUUAUGCUAAACACGAGGAAUUCAACAGAAAGAGGCAUCCAGUAAGCAGGUCUGGCAACAGUGCAGGCAGAGUGAAACGGGUGGUGUCGUGCAAGAGGAAGUCACAUCACCUGACUGUAGCUCGAAGGAAGCAGCUCGGACCUGGCAGGUGUUUUGAUGCAGCAAACAAGGAAAACGAGAAGAAAGGCUUGCAUGAUACACAACAGGACACUUUCUUUAAUGAUCCAGAUGACUUCCCACUGAAUGUCAAUAGUAACUGCAAGACCAGUGGAACUGGUUCUGGACAGUCCGACUGCUAUACUCUGACUGAGCUCACUAAGGAUCACAGCACAAUGAUUGAUGUUCUGUUUGGAAGAAAUCUGAGACUGAAGGUUGCUUUAACGCUGUGGAACAGGAAUGUCGGGGAGCUUUUGACAUAUUUACUGAAAAUCCAGGACACUGCUGUGAUUGUUGACUUUCUGCCAAUUGUCUGCAAGUGCAUUGAGGAGGACUCACCCAGGAUUAACAUUGGCUGUUGUGUUGAUCUCUAUCCUUUAGUCAGGAAAGUCCUUAGUACACCAUAUGAAGAGUAUCUGGUUGUUGGUUUUAAAUGGAUACAUUCGGUUUUAAAGAACUGGUGGGAAGAACUACAAGCAAGUGGCUACAGGGGAUCAACUCAACCUCUGCUGGAUGAAAAUUUCCAGGUUUUCAACCAGCAGCUUUGGGAGUUAUGGCAGCAGGAACCUCUUUUAAAAUAUGUUACAGGUCAAGCAGGAGACAUGGCCAAGGUUGUGGAUUCUUUUCUUUUUCAACUUCGCGGACACCAAUAAGGAUCAAAAUAACUUCUAGUGUCAUCAACGUCAUCAGUAGGAACACUAAUAGCAGCUGUUCUCUCAAAUUAAAGCUUAGAGCAACAGUGAAGGUACAUACAAGUGAAAAAUGCAAUCUAAAAGUGUGAAAAUGUUGAUUUUAUUAUUUAUGUUUAUGUGCCAUAAGGAAAAAAGAUAAACUUAAUAUCAGAUUUUUACAGUUAUGCUUUGUCGACUGAGACAGCAAAGAGAAGGCAAGAGGGAGAUGAAAAACUACAUUUUGAGUGGAUUAUAACUCAUGAUUCACCCUCCUCACUACUUUUGAUUUAGUCACUUUCGUUUUAUUUGUUGUUCCCUUUGAUUUUAAAAACUGUUUUUUUCACACAAAGACUUCUUGAUAUACUUUGUUGUCAUCAAUUAUUUACACGAGACAAGAUUUUCAAUCAUUUUUUGGAGAGAUUGAUGAGUAUUUACCUUAAUUGAUGCCAAGCUUAAUUGAUUGAAUUGAUGAAGGAUUAUUACGGUAUGUUUGUUUCUUCACCAAUGAAGAAAGGAGAGUGCAAAUCAGGACAGAGUAAGUUAAAAGAGCAUGAAACAGGAAGUGAAUUCAGUAUUUUCCUGUUGGAUUGCCACAGACCAUUGUUCAUUUGUCCAGUAUGCUUGCCUGCUUUAUCUCACAAAAGUGGUGAUAAAUCAACUAAGGAGAUAAUUCAAGUUUGGAUUAUGGAGCUUUGAAAUUAAAGUCAUGUUUUUGGAAAUUCUAAUAAUAUUUGUAAAUUGCCUGUCUUCUCUGUAAAACCUUUUUUUUAUAAAUAUUAAAUGUUAUAGAUCAUG